AUGAGAUCAUCAUUAGUUUUAUGGCCUUCCUUCUUUUUCUGUUGUUAUUGGGCAUGUCUUAGUUUCAACGUCUCUCUGGUUUGUGGGGAUUAUGUCCACUGUCUUGCCCAGCAGAAAAUUUUGUUACUUCAAUUCAAGAAAAUCCUCAAAUUCAACCCUGCUGAUUCCAGCAAAUUGUUAUUAUGGAAUGAAAACAGCCCUUGCAAUGAGUGGAGAGGCGUAAGUUGGGAUGAGGAGGGACACGUUGCUGGUCUGGACCUGAGUGAGGAAUCAAUAUCUGGUGGACUCGACAAUUCUAAUGCUCUGUUCAGUCUCCACUAUCUCAAGCAUUUGAAUUUGGCUUUCAAUAACUUCAAUUCUGUGAUUCCAUCCAGAAUCAAGGAUUUGAAGAGCUUAACUUCUCUUAAUUUGUCAAAUGCUGGUUUCGUGGAGCAGAUACCAAUGGAGAUUGCUCAGCUCACAAGGCUAACCAUUCUUGAUCUGUCUACUUCUUAUUAUUUAGGAGUAUCAUCUCUGAAACUUGAGAAUCCAAAUCUGGUGACGCUUGUUCAGAACCUCAGUGAAGUUAGAGAACUAUAUCUAGAUGGCAUUAAUAUAGCGCUCCAGGGAAAUAAAUGGGGUCAUGCUUUGUCGUCUUUUCUACCUCAUCUAAAGGUACUAAGCAUGUCAAGUUGCAACCUAUCAGGCCCCAUCGAUUCCUCAAUGAAAAAUCUUCAAAAUCUCUCCAUAAUUCGUCUGGAACGGAACAAUAUGUCAGCCCCGGUGCCCAGCUUCUUUGCUAAAUUCUCAAAUCUUACCCAUCUGGAUCUCAGUUCUUGUAAUUUGAGAGGUCGGUUUCCAAACAACAUCUUUCAGGUACAGUCACUUACUUCUCUUGAUCUAUCAUACAAUUAUGGUCUUCAAGGCUCUCUGCGUGAAUUGCCUCAGAACGGAUCUCUCCAGACGUUGAUUCUAAGCGCUACAAGUUUCUCUGGAGCAUUACCACCCUCCAUUAGAAAUUUAUGGAAACUGUCUAAAUUAGACAUAUCUGCAUGUCAAUUUAAUGGAACACUACCAGAUUCAAUGUUGGAUCUCCCUGAGCUCACUUACUUAGACUUGUCAUAUAACAACUUCACGGGUACAAUCCCAUCAUUUGGUAUGGCCAAGAAGCUUAUUCACAUAGACCUAUCUCAAAAUAAUUUAAACGGUGGAGUUUCAUCGGCUCAUUUCAAAGGCCUCGUAAAGCUAGUCAGCAUCAAUUUGCAGGACAAUUCCCUCAAUGGGAGCAUUCCUAGGUCUCUGUUCUCGCUCCCAUUGCUACAAAGUACACAGUUCUCCAACAACCUCUUUCAAGGUCAUAUGGAUGCGAUUUCAAAUGUCUCUUCCUCCAUGUUACAAGUUCUUGAUUUAAGUCAUAACAAUUUAAGAGGUCCUAUCCCUCAGUUUAUUUUUCAUCUCAGAGGACUCAAGGUCCUCCAACUGUCUUCGAACAAGUUCAAUGGCACAAUACGACUGGAUAUGUUUGAGAGACUUCAAAACCUAACUACAUUAGAUCUUUCAAACAACAACUUAUCAAUUGAUGCAAAUAUUAAAGAUGCCAACCGGUCAUCCUUUCCCAGCAUAACUAGUUUGAUGUUGGCAUCUUGCAACUUGAGACAAUUCCCAGGUUUCCUGAGAAAUAUGUCCGGAUUAACCAAGCUAGACCUCUCGAACAAUAAAAUUGCAGAAAAAAUACCCAGGUGGAUUUGGGAGCUGGGCUAUCUUGGUCAGUUAAAUCUUUCUCACAAUUUACUUCAGGAGAUAGAAACAAUCCCAUAUAAUCUUAGCUCUUACAGUAAGUUGUAUGUACUUGACCUUCAUGACAACUACCUCCAAGGUACACUUUCAGUGUUUCCUACGUUGGCCUCUUAUUUGGAUUAUUCUUUCAAUAAAUUCAGCUCUGUUAUUCCCCCUGACAUUGGUAACUCUUUGUCUUUCACAAUUUUUCUUUCUCUGUCGCACAAUGCUCUUUAUGAAAGGAUUCCUCUUUCCAUCUGCAAUGUUUCAAAUCUUCAAGUGCUUGAUCUUUCCUACAACAACCUUAGUGGAGUGAUUCCACAAUGUCUUGCGAAAAGUGAGACUCUUGGGGUAUUGAAUCUAGGGAAAAACAAUCUCAGUGGCAAUAUUCCUGAUACUUUUCCACCUUCAUGUGUCCUCAAGACUCUCGAUCUUAGCAGUAAUAAUUUAGAAGGGCCGCUUCCAAAAUCUCUGUCCAAUUGCACCACAUUACAGGUGUUAGACAUUGGAAAGAACAAGAUAAAAGAUCAGUUCCCAUGCUUGUUGAAGACAAUACCUACACUCCGGGUCGCGGUUUUGCGGAGAAGCAAUUUCUAUGGUCCCAUUGGGUGUCCAAAGAUGAAGAGAAUGACCUGGAAGAUGCUUCAGAUUGUUGAUCUAGCUUUCAACAAUUUUAAUGGAACGCUGCCAGGACGGAUUUUUCCUACUUGGAAGGCAAUGAUGCUUGACAGAAAUCAAACAGCAUCAAAGGCACAUCAGCUUGACUUCAGCUUCUUUGGAUCGAGUGAUCAUUACCAUAAAAGAUCAGGAAAUGACCUUGGCUAA